GAUGUGGUAUAAUUAUUGUUUGAUUGGAUUUGUUUGUUUAUCACAGAAAAAAAAUAAUUGAAUUUGUUUUAUCUAAAAUUUUUGAGUUUCACAUUCACACAAAUUUUAUUAAAAGCAAUGGCUGGUUCAAAAGUUUCUCGGCAUGUUGCCUACGAGCAAGUGAAGGCUAUGAUAGAUUUUAUGGGCCAAAAUAUUGAGUUCGCUACAGGUAGUUUACGAACAUUGGAGGCACGAUACACCUCUAAGAAACUAUGGGGGGAGUUGACGAAAAUCCUGAAUGAUUGUCGGGGUGGAACGAAAAAAUCAGCAGAUGGAUGGAGUAAGUAUUGGAGUGACUUCAAAAAUAAGUUAAAAAAUAAGGCAAAAAUUAUAAAAAGACAAAAACGCGGAUCUCCGAAGAAAGACGUACGUCCUCUAACAAAACUAGAAAAAAGGGCUCUUAUAAUUUUAGGUCCAUACUUUGAGAAGAAAAUAUCUAGUUCAGAAACUUAUCAAAAUCCACUUUCUGAUGUCGCACCACCAGAAGUAAAAUUGGAGGCAUAUCAAGAGAAUAAUGAUUCAUCGAAUUCACAUCUGGAGGCUCAAGAUAGACUAUCAGGUGCUGAACAAGACAGCGAUGAAAGUGCUGAAUCCAGUAAUGAAGAAGGUGGGGAUGAUGAUGAUUUCAAUUUGAGUGAUCCACUAAUACAUAACUUGUAUCCAAAAUGGUUGAUAGAAGUGGAAAAGAGACGUGCAGAAGCUGAAUUGCUACGUGCCAAAGCUGAGGAUAAACGCGCGAGUGCUGCUGUCAAGAGUGCUGAUGCUGCGUUGCGGCAAGCAGAGGCAAUGACAAAGCUCGCUGAAGCUGCCAAGUGUCAAUCUGCAGCCAUCGCAAGAAUAGCUGCUGUUCUAGAAAGUCGCUCUCAAGUGGAAGAUGUUGCAUCUGUUUCAUCCACUGUUUCAAUGCCAGGUCUAUCGAUAUGACUCUCUGGACUAGACAUCUUGGACAUGAGAAUUGAUACAACACUAAGCACAUGGAUAAAUUGACACGGUUUGACUAUAAUAUAUUUUUAAGAUAAGUAAGGAACACCCCACUAGAGUUUGCAUAAGGUCAACCGUACAACUAACCAUGAUGAUACUGACGGUUUUGAGAAGAAGCUCGAGUCGUUCUUCAAUAAAAGGCAGUUUUUUAUUCGUAUUUUCUCCUUUUUUUUUGCAAGACAACCAUACUAGCUCUAAGGCAAUCAAUAUAUAGAUACAAAACAAACAUGUUUAGAAGGCAGUUGGGUAACGGUGUCGCGCUAUUUACUCAGUCCAAUACAUAGCACUAUCCAUUGCCGAUAAAGGUGGAUCGUGCCAGAGUUCAGAUACUUUUUUGCUGCAUUGUAAGGAGUUAACAUCCCCCAUGUCGAAGAGCCAAGUUCUUCAACCCCCUGAGUUGAUUAGCAAAGAUUUUUGAUAACUAAGUAAAGAUGAAGUGGGAA